ACAAUAGUUUCCUUUUUUUUUCUUCUCUGUUUAUCUAUUUAUUUAGGCCUUUUAGGAUUCUACUAUGGAAUCUUCUUUAUACUUUAAAAAAUUAAAGGUCGUAGGCAGAGUAGCUCUGACUUCUCAGGCCGGAGCUGUAUAAACAAAUAGGUUCAUAGUUUCCAAGGAACACAACUAUUGCUGACUGGUUUUAUUUGGUGCAUAGAUUAUCUGCUUCCUUAGUUAUGUUUUAUCUUUGCCGACAUAUUGGUGCUCUUUUGAUCUGAAAACUUCAACUACAACCGGCAACAACUGUCUUAAAAUUGAAAAUGGGGCAAGCUCUUGGGUGUAUUCAAGUGGAGCAGUCAACUGUAGCUAUAACGGAAACCUUUGGGAAGUUUGAUGAUGUGCUUGGUCCUGGUUGUCAUUGUUUGCCUUGGUGUUUGGGAAAACAGGCAGCUGGUACUCUCUCCUUGCGUGUGCAGCAAUUGGAUGUUCGAUGUGAAACAAAAACCAAGGAUAACGUGUUUGUUAAUGUGGUAGCUUCAAUUCAGUACCGAGCCUUAGCAGAUAAGGCUCAAGACGCUUUCUAUAAGCUCAGCAAUACCAGAUCCCAGAUCCAAUCCUAUGUCUUUGAUGUUAUUCGGGCAAGUGUUCCUAAGUUGGAGCUGGAUGCAGUAUUUGAGCAGAAGAAUGAUAUAGCGAAAGCCGUGGAAGAGGAACUUGAAAAGGCCAUGUCACAUUAUGGGUUUGAGAUAGUUCAGACUCUUAUUGUGGAUAUUGAACCAGACGAGCAUGUAAAGAGGGCAAUGAAUGAGAUAAAUGCAGCUGCUAGAUUGAGGGUGGCUGCCAAUGAGAAGGCUGAAGCAGAGAAGAUAUUGCAGAUCAAGCGAGCAGAAGGAGACGCUGAGUCAAAGUAUCUGGCUGGGCUUGGUAUAGCUCGGCAGCGGCAGGCUAUUGUUGAUGGACUUAGGGACAGCGUUCUGGCCUUUUCUGUGAAUGUACCUGGCACAACAUCAAAGGAUGUCUUGGACAUGGUUCUUGUGACACAAUACUUCGACACAAUGAAGGAGAUCGGUGCGUCAUCAAAAUCCAACUCUGUUUUCAUCCCACAUGGGCCAGGUGCUGUAAGAGAUAUUGCUACUCAAAUCAGGGAUGGUCUUCUUCAAGCGAGAACCACCGAAUAGCCUCAAGUUUGGACAGCCCAUCUAUCCUGCUUUAUCAACCCCCCCCCCCCCCCUCUCCCUAUAAAAAGAAACAAAACUUCACUCCUAUAUACUAUCAACAGUAUUUUGAGUCUUUCUACUCGAUAACAAUAGUAGUAAUCAAAGAUGGUCCAAAAGGUUGUUAUCCUUGUUAAUAGGUUAAGGUUUAAGGUUUGAAUCUUAUUUCUAAAUCUUGCGACUUUAUUGUAUGUAUGAAAAUAGAAGAGCAUGUCAGUAGUGGUAGUAGUAUAUACUCGUUGAUAAACUGGGUUUUGAGCUUUGUAAUUGUACGCAUGGAAGAUGUUACAGUGUUUUUUAUUGUGUAAAAAAGUUUUAACGGCGUUAUUGGUUGCA